AUGGAAUUCGCGAAUUUCAAAAGAAAAUUUGAACUAAAAGAUGAUUGCUAUGAUCACAUUCGCUAUAAUAAACAUAUGAAAAUCGCCAAUCAGCUAAAAAUUCCGACUUUUGAGAGUGUUUUUGGUAAAAAAUAUGAGGGAGGUUAGUUUUUUUUGCUGAAAUCUUUUCUUGUUUGAAAAACGUUUUAAACAGGAUAAUUUUUGCAGUUCCAAUGUGGAAACCGAUCAACAAUUUGUAUAAAUCGGAAAAGUUGUGCGAAACAAAUCCGAAACUUUUUGCCCGUCUUGCAAAAUUUGUGAAUUUCAAAAAACCGGAAAAACUAAAAGAGAAAAUCGAAUAUAAUCCGGAUUUUCCUGCUGUUCUUCGGUCACUUGAGGCAGAAGAACAAGAAAAUCCAAUAUUUCUCGCCAAAAAUGCGAUAUAUCAUGAGCAAUCUUUGGCUUAUCAAUCGGGACCAGUUUAUAUCGAUACAAAGAGUAUUUCUAAACACGAACCAAGUUUACAUGAAGCUCUCAACGAUUCUAGUCAGUUUAUUUUCAGUUCGUGAUAGUUUUUAUCGAUUUUUUUGCAGCUCAUCGAACAGUUCGUGUAUAUUUCAAUGGAUUGGCUCAGGAUGUUCCAGCUGAAAUCAAUUGUCGACUUUGUCAUGGAAAAAUGAUUAUUCGUAUGAGGAGGCAGGUUUAUCAAGACGAGAUUCGAGAAUAUCCCGCUUAUCGGUGAGUUUUUUUUAAGGUUUCGGGAAAAUUGGAGCAUUUUGAGUGUAAAUAUGCUUGGAAAAUUCUUCUACGCGGAUUUAUUUCACACAAAUUGUGAAUUUUCGCGAUAGCCUUGAAGAUGUUUGGCAGCCUUUUUGGGCUCUAAAAAAUCCCACCUAGAAAAUUACUAUUUUUCUGAAAAAAAUCUUGACAUUUUGCAGGUGUCUCAAAAAAGGCUGCCAAACUUUUCGAGCAAUUCGAAAAAUCAUCGAACCAGAUUUAUCUCAAAAUCGACAAUUUGAACAAAAAAAUCAAUAUGAUCCAGAUUUUAUAUUGAAUUCUCUUAUGGAAAUGCCAGAAUCCAAGAAAAAUUUGUAUGAGAAUGAGAAUGAAGGUUUAUAG